AAAUCAGAACUAUUGGUGUGGGCAAGUUGAAAUUUGAAAGUUGCUUGUGGCGGUGUCGUAGUCGCCGGUUUCGUUCCCUAUGGAAGAGAGCGCAUUCGAUCAUGAUCUAAUCCACGCCAUUUUCAAGCUCGAGUGGAGCAGGAGAUCACUUGAGCGCGAGAGAAAUGAGAGUUCUGAUGCUAUGGAUUGCGAGGUUGAGGCUGGAACAUCCAAGAAGAGCAGACCAAUGUCAGCCAAUGCAAAUGCACUUAAGUUGAGCUCUAAACUACUACAGAUAUUUAUCUCAGAGGCUGUACAGCGUGCUGCAACAAUUGCUGAAGCAGAAGGUAUUAGCAGAAUUGAAGCCACUCAUUUGGAGAGAAUUCUGCCACAGUUACUACUGGAUUUUUAAGGUAGCAUUCCGUUUCACAUAUUUCAAUGUCCUGCUCUUGAAAAUUAAGUUCUGGAUUAUAUGGAGCGAUUGUUUGGCCUAUAUUAGUCAUUGAGUUAUUAAAUUUCUUCCUAGUUUUAUAGUGAGAAUGCAACAUGGUGUUGGCGUGAAUAAAACUUCUCAACGAUAUUGUUCAUAGUGCUUCCUAAAAAUUCAGCAUUCAGAACUUCCUGUCCGUUUUAGAUUCCUCUUGCCGGAUCGUUAAAAAGCUGUAAUGGUAUUUGUAAAAGCAUUUCUCUUAGGUCGGCAUGAAAAGAAGUUUUUUCCAGGUGGAGCAAGCGGUCAAUAAAAGAAUUUGUAUGAGCACGAGUCUGUUUAUCAUGAUGAUUCGUAAAUAAUAGCAAGAUGAGCCUUUCUUUCAUAAAGGGAAAAUAAAAGAUAGAAAAGCA